GCAUUACUUCCCCAGAUCACCAAGGAAUCUAGUACCAGGCUUUAAGAUGAAAUCCGCUGCACUUGCUAUUUGCUUGCUUUCCUUCAUUGGAUUUUCCACUCAGGAACAGACACCCCAACAGAUCCAUCAGCAACUCUUGAAAUUCAGAGAUGAAUGUAUGAAAGAAUCAGGAGUAGAAGUCUCUGCUGUCACCAGCGCCGACCAAGGACAAUUUGACGACUCCAACAAAAAACUGCAAUGUUUCGCUAAAUGCUUCUAUCAAAAACAAGGUUACAUCGACGAAAGCGCCACCCUCUUGAUCAGCGCCAUCGAAGCGAAACUGCCAGCCGAACACAAAGAACAGGCUCUUGCCGACGUCAAGAAAUGCGAAGGUAUGUCUGGCGUAGACGCUUGUGAAAAGGGAUACAAAAUCCACAAGUGUUUCUUUGAAAACAUCCGAGCCCGCGCCGCUGCCGCUCAAGCUAAAGCCCCAACUGCCUAAGAUUAUAUCCAAUUAUGUUUUUAGUAAUUUAUGUUGUGAUGUGAUUUUUUGUGAAUAAUAAAUGGGACUAUUUUUCAUUAAGC